UUAACAGGAGGAGUUUGGAAGCCUGUGCCUUGCUAAACUUGGUCUGAUUGUGAAAAAAAAGUCUUUUCUCCAAACUCACUUACAAUACACUACAGCCUGUUGCUGCUCCUGCUGCUGCCUCUGCCUGCAAAGGACCUGACACACUCACCAUUUAAAAAGGGAUUUUGCUUUCUACUAAAGGUAGAGGGCUGGAGAGAAAAAUAUACAUAUUAAAAAAAAAAAAAAUCACAUCUGGAGACUGUGAAGAAGACAUCAUUAAAGAAUAGUUCUGCAAAUCUGCCUUUUAUCAACCAAACAAGUGAGCCAGAACGACAAAAACUUAAAGGUUUUCUACCAGGUGUAUGGGAAAUAGAUUAUUGAAAUACUGCACUGAAUUGUUAAGGUAAACUAUGACCACUUUACUCUUAGUGUUUGUGUGUUUGCGAGUCAUCGCUGCAGCAAUAUCCGUGGAGGUUUCAGACCAUGGUAAUGCACUGAGUGUGAGUAUACCUGAGGAGUCUCCUUUGCGUAUCCCGCUUGGACAUUCCUUUACCAUCCCCUGUUACUUCAUCAAUGCCUUGGAACAUGUCACUGUGGCCCCCUCAUCAGCACCUUUAACACCCAGAAUCAAGUGGAGUAGACAUAAUAAAGGACGUGAAACUGUUUUGCUGGUUGCAAUUAAUGGCCGUGUCCGUAUAAAUGAGGAGUACAAAGGACGUAUCUCUAUGCCAAACUACCCGAUAAUCCCUACUGAUGUUUCCUUGGAAGUUGCAAACCUUCUUUCUAGUGAUUCAGGAAUCUACCGCUGUGAAGUGACGCAUGGAAUCGAGGACAGUCAGGAUACAAUAGAGGUCAAUGUGAAAGGGAUUGUUUUCCACUACAGAGCAAUUUCUACCAGAUACACCUUGGACUUUGAGAAUGCCAAAAAAGCUUGUAUUCAGAACAGUGCUACAAUAGCUACUCCAGAACAACUUCAGGCAGCAUAUGAUGACGGAUACCACCAAUGUGAUGCUGGAUGGCUGUCAGAUCAGACUGUUCGUUAUCCCAUCCAUAACCCACGUGAACCCUGCUACGGUGACAAGGACAUAUUCCCAGGAGUGAGAACAUAUGGUGUUAGAGAUACUGAUGAAACAUAUGAUGUCUAUUGCUAUGCUGAUGAGAUGCAAGGUGAAGUGUUUUAUGCAACAUCUCCUCAAAAGUUCACCUUUAAAGAAGCAGAACAACAAUGUCAAAACCUUGGUGCCCGGUUGGCCACCACUGGAGAGUUAUACCUGGCAUGGCAAACUGGCAUGGAUGUGUGCAGUGCGGGCUGGCUGGCUGAUCGCAGCGUCAGGUACCCGAUAUCAAUAGCACGUCCCAACUGUGGUGGAAAUCUAGUUGGAGUAAGAACAGUUUACCUCCACCCUAACCAGACUGGUUAUCCCGACCCACUGUCUCGUUAUGAUGCUAUUUGUUACAAAGAUGACAUCGAAAACAUCACCAUUCAGACAGUAACACAGGCAGACUUGAAACUAAUCAUUCCACAUAAUGCAACAGAAGUGGAAGCCAUUGGUAGCAUUGCCACUCUGGAGCCAAUCGAUUUUACACUGACACCUUCUGAAGAGGAUUUCACAGCAACUCCAGAUGUGGUAUCAACUGAUGGAGAAUUUGAAAAUGUUACUGAUGAUGGUAUCCAACUGUGGCUGGAAAAUAUCACAGCGAUACCAACUUUGGAAGCCACAGGAACAGCAGAAGAGGUAACAGCCUCAGAAUGGCCAGAGUUGACUACAUCAUUUGUUGAGGAAGAAAUAAUUCCUGCUACGGCUGCUGUUGAGGCUGUUGAACCAGGAAAACCCAUUUCAAAAACUGGUGUUGUGUUCCAUUACCGAGCUGCGUCCAGUCGAUAUUCCCUCAAUUUCAGCCAAGCCAGGCAGUCCUGCUUAGACAACAAUGCAGUUAUUGCCUCCCCGGCUCAGUUACAAGCAGCCUUUGAAGAUGGAUUUGAUCAGUGUGAUGCAGGAUGGUUAACAGACCAAACUGUCAGAUACCCAAUAGUCAACCCUCGGGAAAACUGUAAUGGGGACAAGAACGGAUUCCCAGGUGUUCGGAAUUAUGGAGUAGUAAAUCCAGAGGAAGAAUUUGAUGUAUAUUGUUACAUAGAUGCACUGCGAGGAGAGGUGUUUUUUGCAACCAAGCCAGAUCAAUUUACAUUCCAAGAAGCACAAGAUUUUUGUGAGAGUAAGAAUGCCACAUUGGCCUCAACUGGUCAGCUUCACGCUGCUUGGAAAACUGGAUUUGAUAAGUGCAGAGCAGGCUGGCUAGCUGAUGGGAGCAUCCGUUACCCCAUUGUAACACCUCGACGAGCUUGUGGAGGAGAUAGCCCUGGAGUGAGAACAAUUUAUGUCCAUUCUAAUCAAACCGGGUUUCCCGAUCCCUCAUCAAAACACCAUGCUUAUUGUUUUAGAGCUCUUCCAUUCCUGGAUGUUCCAGAAAUUGAGGAAGAAAUUAUUGCUUCUCAGGUACUUCCUGGUUUAGAGGGGCAACCUUCUGGAGAAGAAACAACUGUGGAAAUGGAGAUUGCCACUGACUUUGAGAAUCAGACAGACUUUUGGUUGACAAAUGUCACAGCUACGCCAACUAUUGACACAUUACUAACAGUGAGCCCCUCAGCAAUUCCUCCUGUAAGCCCAGUUACUGAAGAGACAAGUGGAGAAGCAUCAGUGGUAGUCAGCGGUGUUAGUGGAGAACCUUCUGGAGAAAUUUCAGGAGAGUCAAGUGGAGAUGUUUCAGGGAUAAGUGGAGAACCAUCAGGAGCAGAAGAGAGUGGGUUACCAUCAGGUUUUCCUGAAAUAAGUGGAGAAGUAUCAGGAAUAGAAGAAAGUGGUUUUCCAUCUGGCUUUGAUAUUUCUGGAGAGUCUGGCGUGAGUGGCCUUCCAUCAGGAGAGAUUUCUGGUGAGCUUCCAUCAGGUGAAGAAAGUGGACUUAUCUCUGGUUUGCCUUCUGGGGAGGAAGAUUUAUCAGGAACAGUUUCUGGAGUUUUAGAUAUUAGCGGUCUUUCUUCCGCACCAAUAGACAUAAGUGGAUUGUUUUCUGGAAUUGAGUUUGGAAGUGGUCUUUCAUCUGGUAUUGAAGAUAUUAGUGGACUUUCUUCUGCUUUCCCAACAAUCACUCACGUGGAUACAACUUGGAUUGAAGGUGUUACCAAAACACCAGAAACUGAAGCAGAAGGAAAAGGCUCAACUGAAUUUAGUGCUUCUGGUGAUAUGUCUGGGAUUCCAUCAGGUGAUUUGAGUGGAAUAGAUCUCAGUGGAUUAGAUAUCAGUGGUGAAGCUUCUGGAUUAGAUGUUAGUGGUCUGCCCUCUGGAUUAGAUAUAAGUGGUGACAUUUCAGGAUUUGGUGACAUCAGUGGAGAACUUUCUGGUUUUGAUGUUAGUGGGGUUACAUCUGCAUUCAUAGAGGGUAGUGCAGAUUUAUCAGGGGUGCCUGAUUUUAGUGGGGAGAUUUCUGGUGCAAUUGAUGUUAGUGGAGAACAAUCUGGAAUAAUUGGCAUUAGUGGUGAGGAAGUAUCUGGGAUUGUCAGUGGAGAUUUUUCAGGACUAAGUGGAGAGCUGUCUGGAAUAUUAGACAUUAGUGGUGAUUUAUCUGGCAUAAGUGGUGAAUCAUCAGGACUAACUGAUAUAAGUGGAGCAUAUUCUGGAUUUGCUGAUAUUAGUGGAGAGUCAUCUGGAGAUAUUCAUGUAAGUGGGCAGGCAUCUGGAACACUUGAUAUAAGUGGCUUAACCUCUGGAAUAUUUGACCAAAGUGGAGACAUUUCUGGUGUGACACUCAUAGAUGAAAGUUUACAACAACUUAUCCAACCAAAAGAUAAGGAAGAAGAAGGAAAAGGAUCUGUAGAAGUAAGUGGUCUUUUUUCAGGGGAUGAAAGUCUGUCUGGAGAUAUUUCUGGAAUUUCUAGUGUUAGUGGGGAAUAUUCAGGUGUUGUUGAUAUUAGUGGUUUUGCUUCAGGAGCAAUACCUAGUGGUGAAGUAGAUAUUAGUGGGUUUUCAAGUGGUGAAAUAUCUGGAACUGAAUAUGUAAGUGGCCUGCCAUCUGGAAUUGAUGAUUUAAGUGGAUUUCCAUCUGGUUUCCCUCCCAUAACUCAGAUAAAUAUCACAUUUGAAGAAAUUUUCAAAACAACAACUGAUACGCAGGAGGCAGGAGAGGGUCCUUCUGGUGUAUUUGAGUUUAGUGGAAUUUCUUCGGGAGAAGCAUCAGCAGAAACAUCUGGAUAUAUUGAUUUAAGUGGACUGGAAUCUGGAAAGCAGGAAUUUAGUGGUGACGUUUCAAGCACUGAUACUUCUGGAUUUCCUGAUAUCACAUUAAUAACAGAUAGCUUAGUUGAAGCUGUGACAAAACCAACAGUUUCACAAGAGUUAGGUGGAGUUACCUUUCCAUAUGUAAUAGAAACAUCAGCAUCUGGUGAAAUUAGCGGGGAUGUAUCUGUUGUUCAUGAGACUAGUGGAGAACCAUCUGGAAUUCCUCUAACCAGUGGGGUCCCUGAAACAUCUCUUGAAGGUAGCACAGAAAGCAGCACUGACAUCUCAGGACAUUUCACAGUUUCUGUAGAGGAUUUGUCAGGUGAAACAUCUGUACCUGAUAUCAUCAUUAGCACUUCAAAACCAGAGUCUGAAUUAGUAUUUGCGUCAAAGAAACCUGAAUAUGCACACCAGGAAACAGAAUUAUAUACAUCCGUUUCAGAUGUUGAUGUGACUGAUGAACCUAUAGUUGAAAUCGUUACAGCAGAAAAUGUGGUAGCGGUGACACCACAAAUUCAUCCAGAUGUAACUGAAGCUGAAGGCAUAAUUGGAACAUGUGAAGAUCUUACUUGCGGAGCUGGAACAUGUGUAGAGAAGGAAGGGAGAGUUUCCUGUCAGUGUCCAUCUGGGUUCGGAGGAGACCACUGCGAUAUAGACAUUGAUGAGUGCAACUCAAGCCUGUGUGUGAAUGGAGCUACCUGCGUUGAUGGCAUCGACUCAUUCAAAUGCUUAUGCCUUCCCAGCUACGGUGGGGACCUCUGUCAGAUCGAUCUGGAGGUAUGUGAGGAUGGGUGGACUAAAUUCCAAGGUCACUGCUACAGGCACUUUUCCGACAGAGAAACCUGGUUGGAUGCUGAGAAUAAAUGCCGAAGCCAUCAGUCUCAUCUUUCUAGCAUCCUUUCACCUGAAGAACAAGAAUUUGUGAAUGGCAACGCACAAGACUAUCAGUGGGUUGGACUAAAUGACAAGACAGUUGAAAACGACUUCCGUUGGUCUGAUGGAAAUGCUUUGCAAUAUGAAAACUGGAGGCCAAACCAACCAGAUAACUUCUUUGCCACUGGGGAAGAUUGUGUAGUGAUGAUCUGGCAUGAAAGAGGAGAAUGGAAUGAUGUGCCAUGCAACUACCAUCUGCCAUUCACAUGCAAAAAAGGCACAGUGGCAUGUGGCGACCCCCCAGUGGUAGAAAAUGCAGCUACAUUUGGACGAAAGAAAGAACGUUACGAAAUCAACUCAUUAAUCCGGUAUCAAUGUAACCAGGGAUUCCUACAGCGCCAUAUACCUAUAAUCCGGUGUCUACCAAGUGGACACUGGGAUGAGCCACGGAUACAAUGCAUAGACCUUUCCACUUUCAGACACAAGAGAAGCCUUAGAAGUCGAUCGAGAGCUAUUGCAAGAGCUGCACAGAAAAAUGCCCAUUAAAAAAGCAAACAGAAAAAAAAUAUUGUAAAGAACAUUUAUAUUAACAAUGUUGAUUUGUUUUUGUUUUGUCGUAUAAGGAGUUUAUAUUCAAGAAAACCCAGGCUGUAUAAAAAAAAAAAAGCACCAAAGCAAAUUAGGUUUCAGCAUUUUUACUAAUGGUCAAAUAAGUGCCUUUGUUAGGGUUCACGCUGUGCCUUUCUUCAAAAGGUUUUAAACAAGGGCGAAAAGAUGUUGAAAAGAUGUAGGAAGGCUACGUGAAGCUGUAAAGACUAAUGUCCCAUUCUUUUAAUUAAUUAUAAUGUGACUAUAAUGUGAUAUUUUUAUUAUUUAAACUCCAGGCUGGCCGAAUUAAAAAUAAAAAAAUAUAUAAAUAUAUUAAAGGUUACAAACACAUUGCACAUCAAGAAACCUUGAAUAAAUAAUUGUGAUCUGUUGCUGAAUGUAUUUUAAAUGUGAGAGGACA